GACGGUGAGACGGAACUGGUAGUAACGGAACUGAGUAGUAAACAUAAAUCGCCGGUUUGGUGGGCAGGCAGGCGACUCUGGUUGAACAUCAAUCCGAUGAAAAAUAAGCAGGCACCGAGGAUUACAUCGCACCAAGGGAGGUCUGAAGCAGGGGAUGCGUUUACGGACGGUAAAGGAGAUCCAGAGACGCUCGAGUCUACGCGUUAUUGCGGUGACGCACCCGUUUCCGUGCAAUCUACUGAGAGGUUUGGAAAAGUUUUAAAAGGAAAAGCGAAUCUAACUCUCGAUGAGGAUUUUAGUACCGUCUGUGGGCUCGAUCGAGCAGACAUUUUCGAUACACGAUGCAGAAACUUGGAGCAGACGGACCAUGAGUGGACCAGCUCACCGCGGAUUAUGGAGGAAGCGCAACGCGGUAUCGGUUUCGAGGGCGAAGCAGCACUAACACGGUUCUCGCAUGUCCAUUCCGGUUCCUUUUCAGACGACCUUACGCGUCAAACAGUCUCAGACAAACAUGUUCACACUUGUAUGAACCUCAUAGUGCCUGCAAACAUGACCAAAACUCCUCCUGCUAGUGGAACCCUUUCACCGAGCGAAUUCAGUCCGGCGUUUACGCAUGCACACAACGACCAGGACAAGGACCGAGAACCCAGCUCUCUGGAAGAGGAAUUCUUCAACAGCCAGGAUUUAAUAGAGUACCACAGUUUUCCAGGGACCAUCCCGAGGUUGAUAGUGACCCGCGAUCCGAGUCCGGACCGACCUAAACACUCAGAGGUUUCAGAGUUCCCGUUGAGUUUCAGCGGACUGUCGCUGGAUCUGCAGGCGGGACAUGAGUCUCCGUACUCGGAUAGCGGCUGGGGUGGCUCCCCGGUGCUUGGCGUCUCCCAGCGCAAACUAUCCAACGCGUCCUCGGUGGGACUCUCAUCCGCGUCCUCCUUCGAGGAGUCAGAAGAUGAUAUUGCAGGGAGUGAUGCAGAACCUGCAGGCUUUUCACAGACCCCUGAUGAGCUGUCCGGGGUAAGAAUGCAAUCCGGGACGAGGCAGUGGAAGAAGCUGAAAACCAUGGUGCACUGUUCCCCCUUCGUGGUGUCCUUUAAGAACUAUCCAUGGGUGCAGCUGGCCGGCCAUGCAGAUAAUUUCCAUGCAGAAGAGAGAGGCAAGCUCAUGAAGAAAUACAGCGAGUGUGAGCAGCAGUCUCUGCAAAAGCUGAUGUCCGAUUCUCUCAGGCCGUUCGUACCGAGCUACUACGGCGUCGUGCAACGAGACGAUCAGGAGUUUAACCUGAUGGAGGAUCUGCUGGUCAAAUUCAACUUGCCGUCCAUCAUGGACUGCAAGAUGGGCAGCAGGACGUAUUUGGAGGAGGAACUAGUGAAGGCUCGCGAGCGGCCCAAGUUAAGAAAGGACAUGUAUGAGAAGAUGGUGGCGGUGGACCCGGAUGCACCGAGUGCGGAGGAACGGGCACAGAAGGCUAUCCUCAAACCUCGCUACAUGCAGUGGAGAGAGACUCUCAGCUCUACAGCCACGCUCGGCUUUCGCAUCGAGGGCGUCAAGAAAUCAGAUGGGACAUGCAACACCAACUUUAAGAAGACUAAGCACAGAGACCAGGUCAUAAAGGCCUUGAACGACUUUGUGGAUGGGAAUGCACUGGUUAUGGUGAGUUAUCUACAGAGGUUAGAGGAGCUGCGCAGAGUGCUGGAGAUGUCCGAGUUCUUCCGUACACACGAGGUGGUGGGCAGUUCUUUGCUCUUCGUGCAUGAUGCAUCGGGCCAGGCGCAGGUCUGGAUGAUAGAUUUUGGAAAGACUGUACCCCUGCCUCCGCACCAACACCUGGACCAUCGCACCCCGUGGGCAGAGGGCAACCGAGAGGAUGGUUAUUUGUGGGGACUGGAUAACUUGAUUGAAAUCUUUGGUGCAAUGGUGUCUGACGAAAUGUAUCCUCAGUCAUGAGGGACGUGUUUACCCCCGGCGGUGGAGGAUGGAAUUGGGAGUUGAUGCUCUCGAUGGAGCUUUUGCUCGUGACUUCGUGCCGUCGUUGGCUGGAAUAUAAACAGCAAGCGUGUGGCAAGGAGGACUAACACUGAUGUCAUUUGGCAGACCGGUGAUCAGUCUGGCGCGGCUCUCGUUUCAUCCGAGACACGCCAGCGACCGACAAGUAUGCAAAUCUAACACACUGCUCUCAGAUCAAAAGACGUUUGUCUAGAAAAAAGGCAGAAUAGUUUUAUUUUGGGACGUAUUUCUUUAAAUGCAAAUAACACUAGAACUCUGGAUGUUUUUUCCACGUGUGCGUUCAUGUUAAUAUUUUUAGUGUACAUAGACUAAUUUAAUUUUACAUCAACACAACGUUUUCAUUCUUCUU